ACCAGAUCAUUUUAAUUAAAGUCAUGACUUUAUUUGAGGUGUUUCCAUCUUUAGAAACUGGUGUUGUUUUGAAAGUCUGUGAAGCGUUGCAUCCCGUUAGACGGACUCAGUUUCUCACUGAUGUUUUUAGUGCGUGGAGGUUUUUUAUGAUGUGGUUCUGAGUCGAUGUGUCUCACGUCCUUCAGGGAGAAGGCUCAGAUCAUGAAGAAGAGCGGGAUGAAGCGAGUCCUGCUGCUGGGUUCAGGAUACGUCUCCGGACCCGUAGUUGAGUAUUUGACCCGCGAUGAGGGGACGCAGGUCACUGUGGCGUCGAUGCUGCUGAAGCAGGCAGAGGAGCUGGCGGCCAAAUAUCCAAACACCAUCCCCAUCAUGCUGGACGCCAGCAGCCAGGAGGGACACCUGGACUCUCUGAUCAAAGAUCACGACAUAGUCAUCAGCAUGCUGCCGUACUCGCUUCACCCGCUCAUCGCCAAACACUGCAUCAAGAGGAAGGUCAACAUGGUGACAGCCAGCUACCUGAGUCCCGCCAUGAAGGAGCUGCAGAGCAGUGCGGAGGAGGCGGGCAUCACCAUCGUGAAUGAGAUGGGACUGGACCCGGGAAUCGAUCACAUGCUGGCCAUGGAGUGUAUCGACAAGGCCAAAGCUGACGGCUGCACCGUGGAGUCCUACAGCUCGUUCUGCGGCGGACUUCCUGCCCCUGAGUGUUCGGACAAUCCUCUGCGCUACAAGUUCAGCUGGAGUCCGUACGGCGUCCUCCUCAACACCAUCAGCCCCGCCGUCUUCCUCCAAGACAACGAGGUGGUGAGCAUCCCGGCCGGCGGCUCUCUGAUGGAGUCCACCGCGCCGAUGGACUUCUUCCCUGGUUUCAAUCUGGAGGGAUUUCCAAACCGUGACAGCACCAAGUACGCCGAACCGUACGGCAUCCAGACAGCACACACACUCAUCAGAGGAACACUGCGCUUCAAGGGCUUCUCAAAGGCCAUGAGUGGGUUUGUCAAACUGGGUCUAAUCAACAGCGAGCCCUGUCCCAUAUUACAGCGCACUUCGUCUCCUGUUUCCUGGAGAGACCUCCUCUGUGAGCAGAUCGGCGUGUCCCCCUCCGUCUCCCAGGACGCCUUCGAAGAAGCCGUAUACGAACGUGUGGGAAAGGACGACUUUGUGAUGGAAACUCUGAGAUGGUUUGGGAUGCUGAGCGACGAGUCGGUGCUUCACGCCGACAGCGCGCUGGCUGCUCUGACGAAACAUCUGGAAGCCAAACUCUCCUUCGAUAAGGGCGAGCGAGACAUGAUCGUCAUGAGGAACGACGUCGGGCUGCGCCACCCAACUGGCGAGCUGGAGACCAAACACAUCAGCCUGGUGGUGUACGGCGACCCCUUCGGCUUCUCCGCCAUGGCCAAAACUGUAGGAUACCCAGCAGCCAUUGCUGCUCGCAUGGUCCUUGAUGGUGAAAUCAGCACAAAGGGAUUAGUGGUUCCGAUGACGAAGGAUGUCUACGGGCCGGCGCUGGCCCGACUGAAGGAGGAAGGACUUCAGUUCAUGUCCAAGAGCACGCUGCUGGAGUAAAGCUGAACAGAGCAGACCAGAAAUCACUGUAAAUACAGAGAACAUUUUCAAAUCCUCAUUUCAGCUGCCUUUUCAACGACUUUAUCACGACUGGAUUUUUCCAAAAGACUCACACUGACCUUUUUUCUCAUGUUUAAGGUUCUCUUUUUAAUUGACAGCCGAGCGGCUGACAGAAGAAAUAUGUCUUUUUUUCUUUUCUUUUUCAAAUAAUUAUAUAAAUGUUUAAAAGGGGAAUAAAGGUUGACCUUUCAAAAUUCGCUUCCUUUCAAAAACACGGGAAAAAAGGCAAUAAGCACCUUGGUAAGAAAAGUUCUGCAAAUUGAAAGAAAUUAUUAGAAAACUAUUUUUUAAAAACACUUCUUUACCGGUACUUUCCUU